AUGUCAACGUUCAACGGAAUUGUGUCUGAGUUUCCAGACGUACGAAUUGAUUUCUUCCGGCACAAUGCCAGUGCACAACCACCACUUGCUUGUUUCCUAAGUCAUGUUCACAGCGACCACUUGGCUGGGAUUGAGACCCUGCGAUCUCCAUUUGUCUACUGCUCAGCAUCCACUCGAGAGAUCCUUCUCCGUCUUGAACGAUAUCCUUGUCGCAUCAACUAUGCCAAGGGUGUGCUAGAAUCAAGACAGCAAACCUUCAGGCAUCUCCACAAAGUCUUGAAACCCCUGCCUUUGGAAACCCCUACAUCGAUCGAGCUUCGUCCAGGCCGCGAGAUUCAGGUAACGCUUUUUGACGCCAACCAUUGUCCUGGAGCGGUGAUGUUCUUGGUUGAAGGAGGUAACAAAGCAAUUCUUUAUACAGGAGACAUCCGGAGCGAACCAUGGUUUGUCAAUGGAAUAUCUCGGAACCCUAAUCUCAUCGAGUAUACGUCGGGCAUCAAGACUCUCGACAAAAUUUAUCUUGACACGUCUUUCACCGAAAAUGUGCCUUUCCAGACGAAAGCCCAAGGCAUUGCUGAAUUGUUGCGAAAGGUUUCUCAAUACCCGAGUGAUACGAUCUUCCACUUACAGGCCUGGACUUACGGAUAUGAAGACGUCUGGCUCGCCUUAUCUAAGGCUUUAAAAUCUAGAAUUCAUGUCGACGAUUAUAAACUCCGCAUCUAUGGUUCGCUCAAAUCAAACACCCCUGACUCGCGUUUCAACACAGACAUUCAUCUUACUCCAGAGUCGCCUGCUCUGACCGGUCACAUGUGUGGCAACACGCCACAUCCAGGGUGCUUAACAUCAGAUGUAAAUGUCCGCUUACAUAGUUGUGAAAAGGGAAAAUUAUGCGAAGUAGCUCAGAGACCUACCACUGUAUCUAUUCAACCUAUCAUUGCCCACCUGCCUACAGGAGAAGACUUGGCUGAAGUUGGCGUUGGCGGCGGUGGAGAUGAUCUUCAACAAGAAGCCGAGUUGGAAUUCCUGGACCAAGCAAGCUUGGCCACCCUGUUCAAUACGUUCGUCCACUACAUCACUUUUGCGGGAAGCAUGCUAAUCAUGAAUCCAAGGGCCCUCUCCUCAUCUGCUUCUUCGACCGAUAUGUCAGACAUACUCAAAGGGGCAUUGGAGAAGAUAGUCUCCACCGGUCGCAACAUUCCACUGGACUGGGACAUUGGCACCUUGAACGCUCACUCAGCUGAAGAAGUUAUCAUCAUGCUGGUGGAUAGAUUGAGAAAGAAUCCCAAGAAUCAGAAGCGGCAUGACGAGUGCAGCCUCCCAAGCACCAUUUACUUUCCAUAUUCAAGGCAUUCUUCGUUACCAGAACUCUGCCACUUUGUCGAAGCUUUUCGGCCACUAGACGUGUGGCCAUGCACUGUCAAUCCUGCCGAGUGGCUAAAGAAUGGGAUCACCAUUGGGGCCAUGUUUGGGCGAUCAUGCUCCGGCGAACUAUUCGAGCAUGAUUUGCUGAUGCAAGAUUUCGCUGCCAAACACACAUCAGACGACGGGCAUCAGCAACAUGGCAGCCAGACAACAAUUGGAUCCGACUCUGCACCAAGCUCACCGGUCAGUGAGUCGCAGGGUACAUUUCAGAAACCUCCCCCGAAUGUAGAUCAUCGAUUCGUGAGCCCCUUACUGGAUACCCAAGCGAGCGUUCGUCAUGAGCGCGUUGCCUCGGAGCCGGAAGGCCCAUGGCAAAACCUGGUAGCUCCAUCUAAAAACUCUACUCAACGAUCACUCGUAGUCCAUACCAUCGAGCAAGCAGAGGAUGUGCAGCAAGAGAACCACAGUCAUUCGGCAUCACUAAUAGAUAACUCAUCCAAUCCGCCAGCACCUGUUUCGUGCCGCCACAAGCGUACCGUCUCCGAUAUUUCAGGGGGAGGAACUGAUAGCAAUCGGCGACAGAUGCACCGCACCACUGGAGAGCUGUUGCAUUUGAGCUUAUCGGAGGGGGACUCGAUCGCUCGCCGAGACGCAUAUUGGCAUAUGAUUGAUUAUAUGGACGAGGAUACUUGGGGCACAUUCCAGCUUAUAUCUACGAGUAACGAGUACACAGUCAUUGAACAGGAGCUAUGA